AUUCCUUGGAGGAAGUCAGCCUAUCUCCAGCUCCUUCCACCAGACGAUGGGCCCUCAUCGACAUGUUCUCACUCUGUAUCUCCUCUGCCUCUCCAUAGCCAUGAGCCUGGCCUGUUUCUGUGAGAAGUAUCCAUGGUCUCAAUGGUCAACCUGUUCCCUGACCUGCGGGGGGGGCCAAACCCGUCGGUACAGAAAGUUUAAUAUGGACGAAUAUUACCACAAGUUUAACUGCGAAAACAUCUGCACUCCCCGUGUGCAACAGGAGGAGUGUAACACCCAGGGGUGCAGCACCCCCUGUCAGAUCGGCGACUGGUCAAGCUGGUCAACAUGUGACCCCUGUGUCAAGAAACAGUUUCGUUACAGGGCUCUGCUGAAGCCAGCCCAGUUCGGAGGCCGAUGUGAGGAAACAGAGAUGACCAGUGACAGGCCGUGUCUACCCAACAAACUCUGCAACAUUCGGCAAGCAGACUGCGUCAAUAUGUUCCGCUGUCAGAAUGGACGCUGUAUCGCCCAUGAUCUGGAAUGUAAUGGGGAGCACGAUUGUGGAGAUGGUUCGGAUGAGGAAGGAUGUAGGAAGCAGGAUUUGCCAUGCCCCCGUGAGAUUGAACCCCUCCCUGGAGCCCACCUCAUCGGCAGCGGGUACAAUGUGUUGGCAGGGGAGAUGGGAGGUGAAGUCCUCAACAACACACACUAUGGUAGAGACUGCAGGACCAUAUCAAACAUUUUCAAACGCUACCGAGUCUCCAGCAACCUGGAGAACAUCACCUUAGAGGUGACUAAUUUGGAAGACGAUGUCACUGAGAAUUUCUAUCCUGAUGCCUCAGACUAUGAAUCAAAGGUCUCAUCCUCAUCAAAACAUUACAGUGAUCACACGAGUUCCUUUAACAUCCCGAUCCUCUUUGGACGCAAAAAAUCAAAGAAAUCUGUACGGACAUCCAGCUUCAGGGAGGUGAUCAAGGCAUCAACACAGAAGGAUUCCGCGUUUGUCCGAGUGCAUAAAACAAUUGCAGUGUCAGAGUUCAGGAUGAAGGAAACAGACCUUCAUGCCUCUGAGACCUUUCUGGAAGCUGUGAGCAGCCUGCCGUUGGAGUACAAUUAUGCUAUGUACAGCUGGAUAUUCCAGGAUUUCGGAACUCAUUACUUCGCCUCUGGGAAGACGGGUGGUGUUUAUGAUGUCCUGUAUCAGUAUGACAGGAAUGCAAUACAGAGUUCCGGUCUGACACAAGCAGAUAUGUCAGAGUGUGUGAAAAUCGAGACAAGAAUACGUGUGCUCUUUGUCAAGGUCAAGAAAACCAGGACAAAAUGUACAGACAACAGCAUGACCAUCAACACAAAAGGUUCGAUUCUCGAAGCUGCGGAGAAGUCAGUAUCCAUGGUACGAGGAGGCCGGGCAGAGUAUGCUGCAGCACUCUCCUGGCAGAAAGGCAAAAACUUCCCCACAGGCCAAUACAAGCAAUGGGUGGAGUCAGUCCGGGACAAUCCAACAGUGGUGGACUUCAAGCUCCGGCCCAUUCUGGGAUUGGUGAAGGGGAUACCUUGUGCUGUCACCAAGCGCCACCACCUGGAACAAGCCAUGAUGGAGUAUAUGGAAAACUUUGACGCAUGCCGAUGUUCUCCUUGCCCAAAUAAUGGCAAAACCGUCAUGGUUGAAAACAGCUGUAUGUGUAUCUGCAAGGCCGGGACCUACGGAGACAGCUGUGAGCGUCGGACACCAGACUAUCACUCAACCUUACAGGAUGGUUCUUGGAGCUGCUGGUCCCCAUGGACUUCCUGUGACGCCUCCCAUCGUAGGAGAAGGACUCGGCACUGCAACAAUCCCGCUCCACGUGAUGGAGGCAAGCUGUGUGAAGGACCAUCACAGGAGGAGAAACACUGUGUCAUCUCCCUGUUUGGUGAUGGAAGCACUCUGUGUAUUAAUGACCAUGAGGAGAGGAGAGAGAUUGAGGAUCCCGAGAAUCCUAACCCCUCUGAUGGCUCCAUUUACUGUCCCAAACCAGAGGCGCCUGUCAAUGGCUUCCUGAGGGUAUCCAAACAACGUUACCAGGUGGCAGAAAUGCUUGAGAUUAUCUGCUUCUCAGGUUAUGAGCUGAGUGGAUAUCAGUUCUAUCGCUGCCUUCCUGAUGGUACCUGGCACAAGGAAGACGUGGAAUGUCAACGGAAGGUCUGCACCCGGCCAGCUGCCUCCAGCCCAGCGACGCUACAACCAUUCAAGGUGGAGUAUGACAUUGGCGAGUCCGUUCAUGUGAAAUGCCCGCCCAGGAUGGUACCGGUGGGGCAGGCUCAAUACGAGUGUGGACCCGGCCUCACCUGGGAACCCGAUCUUCCCCAGGACAUCCACUGCAAGCCUGUUAUCGAUGCCAGUGUCUGCCAGCCAGGAAAGAAAGUGAGUGAAGACCAAUGUGUUUGUAUGUCAGCAGAUCAGGACUGUGGUGCUGCUGAUCCUGCAGAGUUGUGUGCAUACGAUGUUGCUGCUCGGACCCUUCUCAGUACCUCGAUCUGUGCCUAUUUAGCAAACAGAUGUGAAGGGCGGGACCUGCAACUGGUGAAGGAGGGGCAGUGUGAGGAGUCUGACCAGCUAUGGGCAGCGGACCGAGCCCGUCUGUCCCUCUCCAGCUCCAGGAGGGAGCUCUGUGCAUUCAUGGACUCAUGUUAUGACUGGGAGAGGUGUAAAGCGUCGAAGUGCACAUGCCUGCUCCCCAACCAAUGCCCUCAGGAAGAUCCGAAGGAUUAUUGUGUUGUUUUCCGGUCCAGGGAGAUGAGAGUCAGCCUUUGUAUGCUGGGAGCGAUGAAAUGCAAGAAGAUUAAUUUUCAAAUGUGUACACCCUCUUAGACAACUCCCCAGACCCCUGUGCAUUGAGGAUUUCAACUGUGCAUCAGUUAUAUCACAGAAUGAGAGACCUUGCAAAGUAAUAGGAACAUAGGAACACAAGGAGACCACUGGGCACCCUCAAGCCUGUUCCACCAGUAAGAUAUAUAGCAAACCAUGUCUUCCUAUCAUUACUGUACUGCAUACUUGUACUGAACUGUCUACUAUCUGUUUAAAGUACGAUUUUUUACUUCAAAAUAAACUACAGGUUGAGAUUCUAAAGCA